AUGACAAACAAAAGAACCCCCACCUACAGCGUUAACGGGACCAUUAGCGAACCUGCUGAUGGUGUCGCUCUCGGAAGAAGAUCUUUAGAGGUAUCUCCGUCCGUCAUCCAGCGAAACCCUCUGCCGAACAGAAAAAUUAAUGUGGCAACGUGGAACGUUAGAACCAUGAUUCCACCUGGAAGCAUGGAGCAGAUAGAGAAAGAAGCAGAAAGAUUGAGAAUCGAUGUGUUAGGAAUAUCAGAGACACAUUGGAAGGAAAAUGGAAAAGAAGUGACAGAAGAUGGGAGGGUGUUCUUCUACUCAGGAGGAGACACAAGAUACGCAGGUGUUGGUCUGCUAGUAACAUCAAGCUUUAAAGAAGCCAUAACAGGAAUGAGACCAGUUACCAACCGCACCAUCAUGAUGAGAGUGAAAGCAAAGCCCAGACCAAUAAACUUCCUACAGGUAUAUUUACCAACAUCGGCCUGUGAAGAGGAGGAAGUGAGGGGGGUGUAUGCAGAAAUGCAGAGAGUUAUUGAGAACGUCCCAAAAAGAGAGAGAUUGGUUGUUAUGGGUGAUUUUAAUGCCAGAAUUAGAGAGAACCAACGACAUGUGUCCUGUGGAAUGUUUGGACUAGGAGAGACAAAUGAGAGAGGUGAAAUGCUAUUAGAUUGGAUGGAGGCUAGUGGACUAAUCGCCGCAAAUACAUGUUUCCGUCACAGGUCUAAAGAACGAUACACGUGGACAUCGCCAAACGGCCAGUACAAAAACAUGAUUGAUUAUGUGAUUGUUAGGAAAAGAGAGAAAAUCGAAGUGAUUGACUCUAGGUCAUUGGUGAGCGCUGAUUGCGACUGA